UUAAUACAACAAUGCAUUACAACUUGUAUUAGUAUUACAUAGUUAUAUGACUGUAGUAUUCAUAGUAAUAACAAUAGUCAACAAUAUCGGCAAAAAUCGGUAUUUAUUUUCAAUUUUGAUAAACAAUUGAUAUAUAUAUGAAAUCAUGAAUUAUCGUCAAUACAUACCGUUAGUCAUAUUAUUUAUAUUAUGCAAUAUAUGGAUGUGUUUAUCGGCUAAAUAUUACUCGUAUGUGACCUGCGGUUCGGUAAUAAAGCUGUUGAACAGCAACUAUAAGGUACGCCUGCACUCACACGAUGUUAAGUACGGGUCGGGUAGCGGCCAACAGUCUGUGACGGGUACAGACACUCAGGAGGAUGUUAACAGUUAUUGGACAGUGCGGUCCAAGACUGAGCGCCAGUGUGUUCGUGGCGAACCAUUUGAGUGCGGAUCAGUCGUCCGAUUGCAACACAUGUCCACUAAGAAAAACCUUCACAGCCAUCACUUUUCGUCACCGCUGUCCGGUAAUCAAGAGGUCAGCGCUUUCGGCGACAAAAAUGGCGACGGAGAUACCGGUGACAACUGGACACUCGUCUGUAGCGGCGAUUUCUGGGAACGAGAAAAGGACUUUCGGCUCAAACAUGUGGACACAGAAAUGUGGCUAUCCAUCUCUGGACACCAAUACGGUCGUCCAAUUCACGGUCAAAUGGAGAUCGUCGGCUCAUCACAUCCCGACAGUGCUAGCUAUUGGAGAACAGUUGAAGGCGUUUACAUGAAGCCAUCUGAAGGCCAGAGCAACCAUAAGAGUGAUGUGGAUCACGACGAGCUAUAAGUGGAUACAACUCUAGAAUAUUAUAUUAAUUAGUCAUUUAAUUAUAAUUUCAUUUUCUAAAUUAUUUUUAAUUUAUAUUUUUAUAUACAUAUUUCACAAUACAAUAAAAUAUAUGACUGUU